AGCCACAAUCGGUGGCACUCUGGCGGCAGCUCUACCGCACCGCUUUAUUCUUUGGUGGCAAUUGGGCAGCGGGUCCUCCCCUCUGAAAGGGACUGAGGGACUUGCCGCUGAAGAGCCGGACGAGCCGCCCCUCUCCGUUGGCCGCCCCAAGCACCUGCUUGCUGCGCUGGUUCCUGGAGCCAGCCCUGGUUAGGCCUAAUUUUCAGAAGUACUGAGCACCCACAUCUCCAUCUGAAGUCAGUAGGAGCUACAGGUACUCAGCAUCUCUGAAAUCAGGGCAGGAAUGUCUCAGACUGAACACCCUGACUACUGAGGCACACACAAUUAGUUCAAUCAAUCUUAAAAUUUGAAUUUCUAAAAUUGAGCUAAAGGUAAAUAAUAAUCCCGCACUCUCUCAUAGUGUUUUUCAUCAGUAGAUCUACAAGCAUUUUACAAAGAACCAUAAAUAUGAGACACCAAGAAGAUCCUGCUAGUGAAGCAAAUGUAUUAUAUACAGGGAAAGGACCUUCAUGUACAGGUAACAAUAUUACAGUCAGCUCUGUGCAUCACAUGAAGGACAAACCUUACCUCACCAAAAGAAGAGGAUGUCCCAGUGAUCCUUGGACUGUGAACCAAGCUACCAGUACUCAUGUGCAAAAACAAACCAUCAGCAAUCAGUUCCACAGCUUGGGUAACAGCAAAUUAAACUGCAGCGAUGAAUGCUACACAGAGACAUCAGUUAUUGCUCAGCCCAUAUUUGUUUUUGAAAAGAAAGAACGACCUUUCAAGAGGCCUGCAGAAGACCUGGUUUGCAAGGCUGAAAAUGAUUUCAUUGGUUGUUCCAGGAAACGGGCAAGGUCUUCAUCUUUUACUUUCCAAACGUCGGACUCGCAGUUCUACAUGGAUACAGCACUGUCUCAGAAAAGAGUGAGAUCAUCUUCCUGUACCAUCCUUCCGACCUUUCCUCCAUCACAGCCAGUAAAGAAUAACAUAUUCAUGACCUCAGCUCUUCUCCAAAGAAACCAUGACAUCACAAGAACAGAAAAAGGACCCUUGUCACAAAUUCAGCAGUGGACUGUCAUAAGACCUGCCAUUUUACAGCCACCACAGUCUCAGAUAUGUGAGGAAAGAAGGCAGAUGUGCACUGAAAAUACACUGGCAUCUUCCAAAACUAAAGAGAAAGCAAAUAUUCAGUUGUCUGAAGAGAGCUCUCAUUGCCCAGCAGAGAACUCAGCAAGUUCCGAGACAACAGUGAGGCCAUCUAUCUCCAUGCACCUUUCUAGCCCUAAAACAAUAGGAAAUCAGACAGUUGAAGAUGUAACUUUUUUAAACAGAAAUUCUACUUUUGUGUUUGGAGAAAACAUGGUUGAGAGAGUUUUGAGUCCUCAGAAAUCUACCAAGCUGCAUAAUGAAACUGAUCUAUGCAAGAAAGAAAUAACAUCCACAGAUGCCAAAACUGUUCAUAUUGGUUAUUCACAUACAAAAACAUUUUUUGUCAAGAAGUCAACACUAAUUGAAUCAGCUGCGGCUUACAUUUCCAAACCAGCACAGAAAUAUUUGUUAGAUAAAGUUGAAGUUAUAACCGGGGAAGAAGCAGAACAUAACGUGUUGCAGAUCAGUUGCAAGCUUUUUGUAUUUAAUAAACUCUCACUAUCCUGGACUGAAAGAGGAAGAGGAUCCCUGAGGCUUAAUGACACUUCAAGCAAUAAACAUGGAACAUUACAGUCAAGGCUAGUUAUGCGAAAUCAAGGCAGUUUGAGACUGAUUUUCAACACCAAACUCUGGACUCAGAUGGCGAUAGAAAGAGCAAAUCGCAAGAGUCUGUGCAUCACUGCGACAGACCUAGAAGACCAUUCUGUUAAAGUAUUUCUAAUACAGGCAAGUUCAAAAGAUACUGAGUACCUGUAUACAGCAAUACAUCACCGUCUUGUUGCACUGCGAAGCUUUGCUGAGCAAGAAUUGGAUGCAAAUCAGGUUGACACAGAGCCAGAAACAGCCUUUCAUUCAUUAAACUGUGAUAGUGAUGAUGAUGAUGAAGAAGAUGAAACAAUAACUCAAGUGAGCAGCAAUGAAUCAGGACACAAUUGUUCCCAUUUAUGGAUUUUUGGAGAGGUGGAAAUCAGUGGUGAGGGAAGGUUCUGGUUCUCCAGCAAGAUCAUUCUAGAUGGAUCCGCAGACAGCCUGUUGUUUGCUCAUGACAGCUACCUAUGAUUACAGCAAUACAGUUGAUAGCUCAUCUUGCUGAAAAUUGUAAACCAUCUCAGCAGUCUUGGAGUAAGGAAAUCCUAUGCAUUCACAUUCUAUGAUUUUCAAGCAAAGAUUAACUUUUAGGACAACAUAAACUUAAUACAGCAGAAAUGGACUUCAGAAGCACUUUAAGGAUUCCAAUGUUAAUUCCUUGCGCUGGAAUAGGAAUGACAGGGUGGCCUCUGGUAUUCAAGAAACAUUACAAAGCCUUCCAAUUUGGAAUUAAUCAUAUAUAGAGACAUUAAUAAUGUGAUGGAUUUUAUAUCUAAUCAAGGUUCAUUCAUCAUAUUGAUGGAGAGAAUCAUUUAACCAUCAGAUAGUGAUAUUUCUAAAAAGAUAUUUAUUGUUUGUUUCAGUUAUGUAAUGUCUGUCCAUAAAAAGAUGCAUAUUAUGAACACUUUAAACAUCGUUUUAUUGGAAAGAGCCAUUGUAGUUGUUUGCUAACAUUCAAGGUCCUAUGCUGCAGUCCGUAUUCAUGCAGAACUCCUUGUGAAUGAGAGUUUCAUAUGAAUUAAGUCUACAGAAACUAACCUUUAAUUAAACAAGAUCUUUGUUUUGAAAAUAUCU